GGGAGAAUCGGGCCUCGGCCGCGGUCGGACGCUCGCUGCAGCGCGCGGCGGGAGGAGUGAAGAUGGCGGGAGGGUGCGGCCAAGAGGCUGCUGGGAUUGUGGCGGACCCAGCGGCAAAAUGGCGGCCGUGCGGCCAGGGAGAGGCUCCUUCAAGGUGCUCUCGUCAGUUCCUCUUCAGAUGCUGUUCCACCUCAGUGGGCUGUACUAUGCUCUGUACUUCCUAGCCACACUCCUGAUGAUUGUGUACAAAAGUCAGGUUUUCAGCUAUCCUUCUAACUGUCUGGUCCUGGAUCUGGUUCUCUUGCUUCUGAUGGGAAUUUUCGAAGUAGCUCAGCUAUACCUAGGCACACAAGGCAACCUGACGGAGGCUGAAGUGCCACUGGCAGCCAGCCUGGCAUUCACAGCAGUCAGUGGCCUCCUUUCUGUUCACUUCCUACUCUGGCAGACCUUGGUCCUGUGGAUGGACUCAGUCCUCAGCACGGUUCUCCUGGUGCUGCAUGGGCUGGAGGCCGGCCUGCAAGUGGUGGUCAUUGCUGAUUUCAUCAGGUAGACAGACCGGGACAACCUGCACAGCAGUGCUCCUCAGCCUCCAGCCAGUUCCUUUGCCCAGAAAGGAGGGAAUCUUUUUUAUUGCUUAUCUUAGAUGGUUUAUACAUCUUUUUUAGUGAGGGGGGUACAAGACCUAGGGAAGGACAGACUUAGAAGCUUGAAGAUGGCCAUCAUGGACAAUAGUCUAGUGAAUCCCAGAGAUGUGUACCCAUGUCCUGUGCUGGGGUGCUGACUAUAGCAGGACCACCAGUGAUCCCCAGGCUAGUGAAAGGCAAAGCCUUUCAGGAAGUCAUCGGCCAGGAUAGCCCUGCAGCUCCACCUUGUCUCGGCCCUAGAAACACAGAAUCCUGGCAGGAGAACUUGGCUGUGCUGGUCUGCCACCAUGUGUUUUCUCACACACAGAUUACUGAGUUCUGUGCGGGAGCACUGGCCCUGGGUCUUGUUCUGAGAGCCUGUUGUACUUAGUUGCCAGACUUUGGUCCAGAGCUGGGAUCCCCCUGGAGCUGCAGGAUGGCAGGCCUUGUGUUCCAGUGUCCCUCCAAUUUGCCUCCCCAUCAGGCCAGCCCUGAAUGAAACGGCUUGGUUUCCAAAAGGAAACAAAAGCAAAUGUAUUCCAGGUCUGGUGGCACACAAACCUUUAAUCCCAGCACCCAAGAGGCAAAGAUGGGUAUAUGUUUGUAAGUUCAAAGCCAGCCUGUCUGGCCUACAUGGUAAUUUGAGGGUCACCCAGGGUUACAUGGUGAGACUGUGUCUUUAAAAAAAAAAGUAUGCAGGCCAGAGAGCUGGCUAUUAUGGCCAUCUCAGCCAUGUUCAGGGCUGGAGGUAGGGCUGGGGAAGUUCCAAGGAGCAGAAGACAGAAUAAAAGAACAACUUUUAGUCAGGUUGUCUGGGAGUCACAGUUCACCAAACUGCAGCCUUUGUAGAGUGCCAAGUGAGUUUCAUCUCCUCUCCUCCUAGCCUGUUUUUUCUCAAAAAGUAUUUAAGCAGUAUUUUUUUUUUUACAGUUUCUGUCAUUCUGUUAGGUGUUUUCUGUUUACAAUGCUAUGUUCAAAUAUCUAGUUUCUCUUUUAAAAAAAUAAAUAAGUAGUUAUGCCGUCA